CUUGCAUGCAUGUGCACACACACACACACAUACAUAAAUAAAAUGCAUUUUCAAUAAAUAAAACAACAAAAAUCUAAGCCCCUGGAUCUGCCCAGUCCUGCCACUCUCCCCUCUUUUUCCCCUGCUUAAGCAACACCUGGUACACCUCAGUUCCUCUACCUGCCUAGGCUAUUUUUACACACCCUGUGAGUGUGAGCAUCUCCCCACCCCUGCCAUUGUCUCCAUGUCUGAUCAGAGCCUCUGAUGACACCUGUGUUAGGUCAGGCUACAGUCAGGAAAGUGUUAUGGACCAACUCUUCCUCCGCAUUAACUGUGAAGGCAGAGGCCCCAAGUCUUCACAAUACCCAGGUACUGAGUGCCCAUUUAGGGAAAGUCAGGUGAGUUAGCUCUUAACUUUUGGAGUGUCAUGGCGCCUGUUUGUCCUUACAUCUUAUGUAGCCUGCAUCCGGCCAUGCUGUGACCUCCAUACCUAGGAAGAGCCCUGAGCCUGGGGACCGCCCCUGUCCCUCCACGUCCUUGGCUCUCCAACCUCUUGCAUGGUGCCAGGUGGAAUCUGCGGGUACCAGGUGGGCCUGCCCUGGUGCUCAGGGCCUCUGCUGCCCCCUCCCGGGUCAGGCGACUCACACAAAGGCCAUGCUCCCAGGAUGGCAGAGGAGUUCAUCACACCUGUGUACUGCACCGGGGUAUCAGCCCAAGUGCAAAAGCAACGGGCCAAGGACCUGGGCCUGGGCCGCCAUGAAAACGCCAUCAAGUACCUAGGCCAGGAUUAUGAAAAGCUGCGGGCAAGAUGCCUGCAGAGUGGGGUCCUCUUCCAAGAUGAGGCCUUUCCUCCGGUGGCUCACAGCCUGGGCUUCAAAGAACUCGGUCCCAAUUCCUCUAAAACCUAUGGCAUCAAAUGGAAGCGUCCUACGGAGCUGCUAUCAAACCCCCAAUUCAUCGUGGAUGGAGCCACCCGAACGGAUAUCUGCCAGGGAGCACUGGGGGACUGUUGGCUCCUGGCUGCCAUUGCCUCCCUCACCCUCAAUGAGACCAUUCUGCACCGAGUGGUUCCCUAUGGCCAGAGCUUCCAGGAUGGAUAUGCUGGCAUCUUUCAUUUCCAGCUGUGGCAGUUUGGGGAGUGGGUAGAUGUGGUCGUGGAUGACUUGCUGCCCACCAAGGACGGGAAGUUGGUGUUCGUGCAUUCUGCCCAGUGCAACGAGUUCUGGAGUGCCCUGCUUGAGAAGGCCUAUGCCAAGGUGAACGGCAGCUACGAGGCCCUUUCGGGAGGCUGCACCUCAGAGGCCUUUGAGGACUUUACUGGUGGGGUCACCGAGUGGUUCGAUCUGCCCAAGGCACCCAGAGACCUCUACCAGAUCAUUCAGAAGGCCCUGGAGCGAGGCUCCUUGCUGGGCUGCUCCAUUAAUAUAACCGAUAUCCGGGAUUUGGAAGCUAUUACCUUUAAGAACCUGGUGAGGGGCCAUGCAUACUCCGUGACGGAUGCCAAGCAGGUGAAUUACCAGGGCCAGCAGGUGAGCCUAAUCCGAAUGCGGAACCCCUGGGGCGAAGUGGAAUGGAAAGGACCCUGGAGUGAUAGCUCCUCAGAGUGGAACAGAGUGGACCCCUAUGAACGAGAGCAACUGAGGAUCAAGAUGGAGGAUGGGGAGUUCUGGAUGUCAUUCCGAGACUUCUUACAUGAGUUUGACAGACUAGAGAUCUGCAACCUCACGCCUGAUGCCCUGAAGAGCAGGACCCUCCGGAACUGGAAUACCACGCUCUAUGAGGGCAGCUGGCGCCGGGGGAGCACGGCUGGAGGCUGCCGGAACUACCCAGCUACCUUCUGGGUGAACCCCCAGUUCAAGAUCCGGUUGGAGGAGGUGGAUGAUGAAAACGAUUAUGAGAGUCGCGAGUCGGGCUGCAGCUUCUUGUUGGCCCUCAUGCAGAAGAACCGCCGCCGGGAGCGUCGCUUUGGCCGGGACAUGGAGACCAUUGGUUUCGCGGUGUACGAGGUCCCACGGGAGAUGGUGGGUCAGCCUGUGCACCUGAAGCGUGACUUCUUCCUGGCCAACUCUUCUCGGGCACGCUCGGAGACCUUCAUCAACCUGCGAGAAGUCAGCAAUCGCAUCCGCCUGCCGCCAGGGGAGUAUGUGGUAGUGCCCUCCACCUUCGAGCCCAACAAGGAGGGCGACUUUGUCCUGCGUUUCUUCUCAGAGAAGAAGGCUGGGACCCAGGAGCUAGAUGACCAGAUCCAGGCCAACCUCCCCGAUGAGAAAGUACUCUCCGAAGAGGAGAUCGAUGACACCUUCAAAACCUUGUUCAGCAAGCUGGCAGGGGAGGACAUGGAGAUCAGCGUCAAGGAGUUGCAGACCAUCCUGAACAGGAUCAUUAGCAAACACAAGGACCUGCGGACCGAUGGCUUCAGCCUGGAGUCCUGCCGCAGCAUGGUGAACCUCAUGGACCGUGAUGGCAAUGGGAAGCUGGGCCUGGUGGAAUUCAACAUCCUGUGGAACCGCAUCCGAAAUUACCUUACCAUUUUCCGGAAGUUUGACCUGGACAAGUCUGGCAGCAUGAGCGCUUACGAGAUGAGGAUGGCCAUCGAGGCUGCAGGCUUCAAGCUUAACAAGAAGCUGCAUGAACUCAUCAUCACCCGCUACUCAGAGCCUGACCUGGCCGUGGACUUCGACAACUUUGUGUGUUGCCUCGUGCGACUAGAGACAAUGUUCCGGUUUUUCAAAGUUCUGGACACAGACCUGGAUGGUGUUGUGACCUUUGAUUUAUUUAAGUGGUUACAGCUGACUAUGUUUGCCUGAAGUGGGGAUUCAACUCCCACUGCCCGAUUCUUCCUUUCUUCCUGUGCCAAGCCACGCCUUCCUGCCAUGCCACACCAGGACCACAUCAGCUGCAAGUGCCUUCCUUGGAACAGGAAGCCACCCUUGGCCUGUCCGUUCUCUUCCCCACCACCUCUACUCACCUGCUCUGGGCAGAGUCAUGGGGCCCUCCCUGCUUCUGUGGCCAAAGGCUCAGAAUGGACAACCCUGGACCCUGCUCAUGGCUAAAACCAGGAAGGCAGCUCCCUGCUUAUUCCUUCCUCUGGGGCCGGAGCGGGCACCCCUGCCCCACCUCUGCUGGUGUCCGGAUGUGUGUCUUCCCUAAUCUGUAGAGGCUGUAGCCCCUGCUGGCCCCUGGACCUGCAGACUUUAUAACCACUAGCUAGCUCGCACUGUCUGCAUCCGGGUACCGAAGGCCUCUCCCCACAGUGGAGCCCCACAGCCAGGAUCACCUGUGCCUUCCUGUGCAACAGCCAAGAUCCUCUCUGCAAACCAAACCACUCCUCUCCUGCCCCAUGUGCCCACCAGGAACUUCCUGGCCUGGAGGGUGCUCAGGUCCUCCCUUCCUCCCCCUCCUCCCUUUUUUUUAUAUUGAUAAUUUUCAAGGGAAUGCUUGAGGGACUAGUGCACUGGUUAUGGAGGACCAGGCACUGGGGUGGGGUAGGGAGGCCCCAGGUUUCAGGGCAGUGGAAAAAUAAAAGAAAAGGCUGCA